GUUGAUAACGUAGUUAACUAUAUUUACGUUAUAAUAUUUUGGUGAUCAUGCUGGCAUAGAUUUUAACCACUGGGUUGCUCAGAUUAUUUCAAGCAAAGAAUACGGAAGCACGCUUUAUCAUUGCUCGAAGGUUUAUCUUACAAUACUUAAAGUAAGACACAAAUACAUAUUGACGGUGAACCUAGAAAGCGCUACAGAGCCUACUCACUAAUUAGAGAAAACAUUAUUACACUGUAAACAUGGACCAAACAACUUUUAUAGAAAAUACUACUCAACAAGAUAUAAAACAUAAAGUGGAAAACGAAGAAAAACAGCCUGCGUCAGUUCUUGGAGACAUAACCAGUUCAAAUGCUAGAGACUUACCAUACAUCAACACAAAAGAUGCCCCUGGGAUAGAUUUAAACGGACACUUGUUAGGGGGCUCAGUAACUGAAUAUAUACCACAUGAUGUACGUACACACCAAGGAAACGCAACGAAUGCAGGCGAGAAUUCAUGUGCAGGACGAAUUCAUCUAAAUGUAAAGCAUGAUAAUGAAAAUCUGGAAUUAAAUCUUAUAAGAGUUAAGAACGAUUCGCUCCCUGUUGUGUAUGUUGACCAAAGGGACACAACAGAACUUCAAAAUGAAAGUUCCAUUUGGGAAAAACCUAACAACAAAAAAGCUGUAGCGGCCAGCUCAGACUCAAGUCAAACUGAUGUUUAUAAAAGUGAGAUUGUCAAUGAAGAUGACGGAGCUGGGAAAAACGACAAAGCAACAGACACUGAGAUUAAGGAGCCAUGUUCUGUUGUCGAUAGCGACGUUUUUGAUGAUAUGUCGGAUGUCGCAACAUCUAUAAAAGAUGAUGUACAUAUGCAUUGUUCGACAGUUGAAAAUCCCGCUAAAUAUUGUAAUUAUGAUGCCUCGAAAGGUUCAAAUGAUGUUCCAAAAUUGAAUGCUGCCUCGCGGAACUUCCAAAGCGAUGAAUGGAAUGGAAAAGAAGAAAACAAUAAUAAACAUCUGAAAGAAGAGUUUGUACAAGAGCACGUGACUAAAAGAGACGGUGACCAAAAUUCAGCUGGAAAUACUGAAGUGGGUAUUAAAACCAAUGAUGUUAAAACUUCAGCAGUAAAAACACUCCGUCUCGUGUUGAUUGGGCAGACAGGUGCAGGGAAAAGCUCAACUGGAAACACGCUAUUGGGUGUCAACAAAUUUAACAGAUCAUCGUCUUCUAAAUCGUGUACAGAGGUAUCUCAAAGAGAAUCGACAGUGAAGAGAGGGUUGAUUUUAGAAGUCAUUGAUACCCCAGGGUUAUUUGAUACCCACAAACCACCAGAAGAAUUGAGAAAGGAAUUUUCGAAUUGCAUGAUGAUGACAAAUCCUGGUCCACACGUUUUCUUAUUGAUUCUUAAAAUGAAUCGCAUCACAGAACAAGAGAAGAAGACCCUUCGUUACUUAAAAGAAAUAUUUGGUGGAGAUCAAUUUCUGAGUUACACAAUUAUUGUUAUCACCAGGAAGGAGGAUUUUGAAGAAACAUGUUUCAAAAACACAGAAAAGACAAAUGAAGACAUACAUGAACUAUUUCAAACCACUCUAGAAAAUUCACCGGACCUGCACCACAUGGUUAGACAAUGUAAAAACCGCUAUUUUCUACUUUCUAACAAAGGGAGAGUUGAUGGAAUUAAACGUACCGAGCAAGCAAAUCAACUAAUGUCAUUGAUUCUCGAAAUGACACAAGAAAAUAAAAACACGUUUUACAGUUAUCAGUAUUUCAUUGAGUUAGAAGAAGAACGGAAGCAAAAACUGAAAAGAGAAGCUGAAAAGAAAGAAGAAGAUGAGCUAUUCAAAAGAGAAAUGGAGCAAAAGGAAGAACUUGCAAAAAUUAGAGAAAAAGAACUUCAGUUGGAACUAGAACGCGCAGAAAUGGAACGCGAAAGUGAGAAAGAAAGAGCAAGGAAUGAAAAAGCCCAAUUGGAAGCUAAACUUAGACAAGAACAGUUAAAAAGGCAAGGAGACCGAGAGAGAUACUUAGCAGAGUUAGAAAGAGAAAGAGAACGUAAAGAACGCAAGCGGGAGAAACUUCGUCAGGAAGCCAGAUGGGAGACCGAACGCAGAUAUAUCGAACAAAAUCAAUGGAGGUGUGUCGUGAUGUAAUGUUGAUUAAUAGUGAACUUUGAUGAACCUUGAUUCCUUAAUUUGUUUAAAUGUAUUUUAUAACACUGUCGUCACAUAAAACGAUGCAGAUGCAUUGUCUAAUAAUAUAAGUAAUACUAUACAUGUAUAUUAGCUUUCCGCCAUCCAGUGACACAAUAGUGUUAAAGAAGCCAACUUAAGUUUUCACUGUGCAUGUUUUUGCGCAAUCUAGUAAAAUACAGUGUAUUUAUACAUUCUAAGAAACUAUGAUACCACAUAUGAAAUUGAUCACAAUAAACAAAAUACAGAUAAUUAUAAUUCAUAUUGUGAAAGAAAACGAUUUGUCCGUUGAUCGGUAGGUGGGCGUUGCCACUGUGUUUUGAUGACGUCAUGAUGAUAUGAAUUUUUUUAGGAGUAUAUUAAAAGAGUAGACAUAAAAGAAAAGGUAAAAAGUAAAGUCUUUGAUUGACAUUUCACCCACGUGAAUAUGCUAAGUAUACUUAAGGUUAUUUUUCUUAAUUUUUUUGAAUGAAAUCGUUGUUCCAUAUCAUACUUAGUCUAGUAUUUGUAAUACUAGUACUCUGAUUACGUAGCAAAAUUUGGUGUAUAUUGAUAUUUUGAAUUAACCCCUGUGAAAAACCAGAUGGUAGAAUUUAGUACGUUGUAAAUAAAAGGAAGAGAAUUAUAUUACUAUUCACAUAUUAUAAUUUCACAAAAAUCGCUAUAAUAAUUGCAGUAUUUUUUCAUCUGCUUCAAAGUGCGGAAAAUGACAAUUUUCUUUAUAUUCGUGUAGUAAACUAAAUGAAUUUAGAGAUGGCCCCUCAUGCAAUUUUCUUAAUUGAAACUUUGCAAAUAUACAUGUACUAGCGAACGUAGGUAUAUAUUACAAAGAAUUGAAAAAAUGAAGAGAUUUUCUAUUAUAGUUUUUACGCAAUAAACUCAGAUUGGUCUUCUUAUAUCUUAAUUAUUCAUUCUAUAGCCAUUAAUUAUAAAACAAAUAACAAUUCACGGAUAGAAAUCGAUUCGAUUUUCCACGAUGUCGAUAACAUCAUAGCAAAACAUUUGUAUUUUUUUUUUUAUUAUAAAAAGAUGAUGAAAAGUUUUGAUCAACGUUCGGGCGAGUGAAAAUUCUGUAACAUAUAUACCUGGAACUACCACUAAUGCUUUUUAUGAAGAUGUGUUACAGAUUCUGAAGAUAUUUGCAACUUUGCCAUUUAGGUGUUGUUACCGAAAAAACGAAAGUGAAGUUUUUGAAAUUAGGGCGACCAUUUCGUAACAUCGAAAAUGUAAAUUUGGUUUGUUUUUUUACUUAUGCAAUUGUUAUGUAAUAUUAAUAUUUUGUUUUAAUCAAUUAAAAGUUUAUAACCAUGAAUUUGUUUCCUCGAUUAAGAACAGGUUUCUAUAAAAAAAAAUGUA